AAUUAUUGAUGAUAAUGAUGAUGAUGAUGGCCAUCAACAACAAUUGACAAAAUCAUCAUCAUUUGAAUCAUCAACGAUUGUGGACGUUAAUGAAGAAUCAUCACCAGUAGUAGUGACUCAUAGUGAUGAUGAAAAAAAAUUAUCGAUGAUCAUCAGACAAACGAAUUAUCAUCAUCAUCAUCAUCAUCAAAAAAAAAGCUGCCAAAAUGUAUUGCAAAUUUACGAUUAGAUUCCACCAUUCAACAAAUACAUAGAUUACAAGAUGAAAUACGUAAACUACAAACCGAUGGUGAACAUUGGAGAAAAUUAGCCAAACAGAAAUCAUCGAUUGAAGAAGCUCAACGAAUAGCUGAUUUGGAACAAGUUCGCAAUGAAUUAAAGUUAAUUCGAUUCAUUGAAAUGCAAAUCACCGAAACCUUGAAUUGACGACGACGAAUCAGUAGUUUUUGAAUAAAUUUGAAAAACAAAAUUUUGUCUAGUUGUCAUCAUCAUCAUCAUGAAAAUGGCUGAUAAAAAUGUGAACCAUGUCAAUAUUCAUUCAUUUGGCCACGACGACAAAUACAUUCAACAACAACAACAACAAAUCGAAAAUGUGCUGGGAAACGGAACGUAAAGAAGAAAUGUGGUGUUGUGCUGCUUCGGUAGCGUUUUUUUGUCCACCACUUUCUGUUCUUUUAUUAUAUGGUUGUGGAAAAGAAUUCCUAUUGAAUUGUAUUCUCACUUUUUUAUGUUAUAUACCUGGAUUUUUACAUGCACUGUGUAUUGUAUUCUGUCCAGAUCGUAUUAAUCCAAAAAAAAAAUUUCUGAUGACCGAGCAAGCAUGUCGUGCUCGAGAAAAAGCUGAAUAUUUAGCACGUGCAAGAGCACGUGAAGAAGCUGCAGCUAGACAGGCCGUUACAACAGCUCCAACAAAUCCACCACCACCACCACCACCUCCAGAAAUUCCACAACCCUAAAACAUGGAUCAAUCAA